AGUAGUAUAAAUUUUAUAAGAUGCAGACAAGUCUUCAUUUCAAUUUGAAUACAGGUUAGUUAGUACUUAGUUGUCAAAUUUAUUACGCAAAAUAUCCAUGGAGACAGAGAAGCCAAGGGCCAGCAAUUAAAUAAUUUGAUGUUUUAUCUGCAACUCAGGCAUUUAAAACCAGUUUCUUUCAUAUGUUCUUUUGUUAAAAGAUUCAACAUUUAUAAUUGCUCAGAGCUAUGGAAUCAAUGGGCUCUUUCAUAUGUAUUUGAUGUGAAUAUUUAGAUUUUCUGGGCACAACAUAAUUAACAACAUUUCUUUGCCAUACAUCAACUUCAAUGGCUUGCAGUUUUGAAUCCAAUUCCUUGGCAUGAGAUGGCAUCUAAUAAAGGCAUUGCUAUAGUGAUUAUGGGAGUGAGUGGUGCUGGAAAAUCAACUAUUGGGGCUAUGCUGGCACAAGUUAUGAAUGCUCGUUUUCUUGAUGCCGAUGACUACCACCCGCAGUCAAACAAAGACAAGAUGAAGGCAGGGAUCCCUCUUACAGAUGAAGAUCGCUUCCCUUGGCUUGAAACUUUACGUGAUGCCUUAAGGGUGAGCUUGGUGAAUGGGGAAACCGUCGUUCUUGGAUGCUCUGCUCUGCAGAAGCAUUACAGGCAAAUUCUACGAUGCGCAGAUCCCAACUAUGUACCAGCUGCAGCUUCUUGUGCUGUCAGCUUUGUACUUUUGAGCGUGGAUGCAGAGGUUCUUGCUGCUCGAUUGGAGAAACGAGCAGCACAUUUCAUGCCGGCCAAGCUCUUGCAAUCUCAACUGGAUUUGCUGCAGAUAGAUGAAUCAGAAGGGAUACUCAAAGUUGACGCUUCACUUCAUCCUCACCAAACUUUGAAAGCCAUACAAGCUUUAAUUUCCUCAAGCCUGCCUCACUUGUAUCCUAAUCAUCAAUCUUAACUACUUGUCUCUGCUUUUUUGCUUCAAACUUCAAUUAUAAACAUUUCACUCCCAUCA